GUAAUGCCAAGAGUAUUAUCGAUCAACAAAAUCAGGACCGAGCCAUGGAAUUUCUCCAAGGUGUCCAUGACCGAUUCUCGGCCGUUCGCAGUCAAAUACUGCUCAUGGACCCUUUUCCUUCAAUUCAGCGUAUUUACAACAUCGUGCGCCAGGAAGAGAAACAGCAAGAAAUCAAUUUUCGACCUCUCCCUGCUGAGGAAUCAGCGGCGCUGCAGGCUUCUAAAGUGCAACAUCGCACUCAAGGCAAAAGGCCGCGUCCUUAUUGUGAAAAUUGCAAUAAAUAUGGUCACACUGUUGCUACUUGCUAUCAAAUUCAUGGCUUUCCUAAUAGGCCACCAAAGAAAUCCGAAUCAUCCUCAUCUACCCCUGCGCAACAACUCUCAAGCGCACAAUAUCAAAAACUCCUAUCCCUCUUAGCCAAAGAGGACACUAUGGGGUCAUCCGUGAAUUUAGCAGGACCAAGCAACGAAGAAGACGAUUGGUCGGGGUAGUGCUCGGAAUGGACUCUAUUACCUGCAUGAUGAACCACAAUUAAAUAAAAAUGACAAGGAUCACUAUUGCCUUGAUCAUCCAUCAAGUUCUUUUUUUAGUUCUAAACAAUGUAAUAAGACUGACCUAUGGCAUUUCCGCCUCGGCCACCCAUCUAGUUCUCGUUUUCAAUUUAUUGUUAAGAACUCCUCAUAUAUUAAUGCGAAUAAAAAUUUUGUUUGUGA